UUUGAAUUCAAGAGUAUUCGAGAAUUUCACACAGGGAAAGGGGUACCAUAGAGAGAAUCGGAGAGAGACGAGCACGAUCAAGACUUUUUUUAAGUUCUCACUACGUGACCUACUACAUCUCUCUCUCUCUCUCUCUCUCUCUCUCUCUCUCUAUUGUAGGGUUUGUCAGAAUCAAAGCCUGAAAAUGGAAGACCUAAAAUCGGCAAUGGAGGGGCACAUGGAUCAAAUGGCAGAUCUGAUCCAGAAACUCACCGCUGAGUUCCGCUCCGGCCUUCGACCAGCUUACGAUAACUUCCUGGGCUUCUUCCACGCCAUUGAUUGGACGGAACCUUGGUUAAUUUGCUUGAUGCUGUUCCAUGUUUUAUUGCUGGUAAUGGCAAUUAUAUCCAGGAAGAAUACCAACUUCCAGAUGUGCUUGUUUCUACUUGCAUUGGCUGGUGUAUGUUUUGCUGAGACACUUAAUAGCUUUUUGAAAGACAACUGGAAGAGAUUUGCAGGCCAGAAUUAUUUUGAUCCACAUGGACUCUUUCUCUCGGUGCUCUGGUCGGGGCCUCUUCUUGUCAUUGCAAUCAUAAUACUGGUGAACACACUCUUUUCCCUGUGCUAUCUAAUUGUCAGGUGGAAAAAGGCUGAGCUCCGACACCGCGCAAGACUCGCCCAGCGCAAGGAGGAUUAAUUUACUUAUGCUGUUAUUCCUCGGUUUCACUGCAAGGAGGCCCUAAAAUUUGGACGCAAGGCACAUCUAAUGUGAAGUCUCGACUGUAGAUUAGGACCCCUUUUUGGUUCAUUUUUCCUCCUGUUCUUCCCCCUUGUCUUGUUGUGAUUGUAACUCUUACUGACAUGUAUAGAGUUCCUACUGUUUCACCCUGAAAUGUUUUGAAACACAGGCCAGGCUAUCACCAUAGAGUUAUUUAGGCACUCUCCCUUUUCGCAUUCCGAUCAUGCUCUGGGCAAUGUGGGUUGGUUUUCUGCAAAUAAGCACCGUAAAAUAUGAUCAAAGAAAACCAUGAUUUGUUGAUAGGAUUUGAAGAGAGAAUUCCGAAAUAGCAACUGGCGAGCACCUUCAUAUUUCUUGUUCCUUUCGGGGAAGGUCAAUUUUUGGUAUCUCAAAACUUAUCAUUUGGUAUCCAUAUUUGCUACAUUUCAAAGGGCUUGAUAACCACAUCUUAUUACAAUAUUAA